GUGAUCUCAACAGCCAACCAAAGCUCCAUAUCGAGUCCGCAGACGAAUCGGUAGUAUCCUCGCCUGUUUAACUCCACCUCGCCACCAUGUACUCUGAAGCUGCUAUGACAUGGUUCGGCACAGUAGCAACUAUUUUCACGUUCGGCAGCAUGGCUUUUUCGAUCAUUCGCGCGUUCCUCCCUUCCAAGCAAAUGCAGGAGCUUGACGCCGUAUUCAAAGAAACCGAGACGCUCCUGCAUGAAGCAGAGGAGGAAGCCUUGCUGGAUACGUCGUUUUUGCGCCAUGUCAAAAGAAGGCUUGCGAUUCUUCAGGAUGCUGUCCUGCUCAUCCGAAGCGAAGUUCAUGCAGCCAGCUUGUCAUGCGUGCAUGAUUAUACCGGUGUCUUUACUGGGCUGGCACGGAAAGUGUCCUUCGUGUCCAAGGACGUCAAGGAUCUGCGCGCCACCCUCUCCAGGUCGUCUGCAGAAGCUCGAAUGAGGUUGCAGGAAGAAGAACGCAAAGCCGCGUUGGCCUCUAAUUGCACCGUAGCAGACGGUGCUCCUGCUGGUCACCAACAGGAAGCACCGCUCGAUGAUUCUAGACCUCGCCGCUCAGAUUCAUUGCAUACCGUAGACUCUGAAUCUACAUUCGUCACCACUGAGGGUGGCGAACUGAAGGACGAUACAUCUCUCUGCGAGGCGGCCCCCUCACGUGGCGACCAACCACUUCCAUCUCGCACCUUCUUCAAACAUUCAGAGACCGCACCACCUCCACCAGAAUGGGCCCCUGCACCCGAGAAGAAACAUACUCUAGGUCUUUACAACGAAGCUUCCGAAUCAGACUACGAUACCGCAGAGGCUUUCUGCAAUCAAUAUCCUGUUGACCCUGCCAGACCUCUUCCAUCCGAAAUCGUCGAGCGAAUAGAGAAGCAAGGAUGUGGCGCCUGGACACUGGAGCGACCACAUACGACUCGGUUUGUGGGCGAGAUCGAAGGGGGUGAUGUCAUCAGAAUGAGAACAGAGAAGAAGUGCGAGGAUGUUUGUGUCUUCAGUAAUUUGCCCAUUGUGGGUGGGUGGUAUGAUACCAAGAAGAAGAAUGGGGUGUACUACGAGGUGCAGGUCAAUCGAAUGGACGAUGUAAUUGCCGUCGGCAUGGCAUGUAAACCGUAUCCAGAGUUUCGUCUCCCAGGCUGGAACCGUCUCAGCGCAGCUCUUCAUCUGGACGAUCUUCGCAAGUUCUGCGAAGAUCCAGACGGUGGCCGGGAUUAUGCUCUACCUCCUGGCAUAAAACACAUCUCUCCAAACGACAUCAUAGGCUGUGGCUACGUCUUCUCGAGCGGCGCUAUCUUCUUCACCCAUAACGGUCGUCGUCUCCCCGACGCCUUCACAGGUAUGUUCCUCCCGCGGGCGCAAUACGACGUAUAUGCUGCGAUUGGCGUAUGUGGUAGGAAUGAAGUCGAGGUCAAUUUUGGUCAAGAACUUUUUGUGUGGAAGGAGGGUAACGAUUGGGCGUGGAAGAUUGAGGGACAUGUUGGGAUGAAGUUGGCGGGCCCGAGUGGCGCGGAAGAGGAGGACUUGCCGGCAUACUCAAGAACAUGACCAGUUAAUCCUACAUCACUGUAGUUGAUUAUAUUCUCUUCACAGAUU